GAUUUUGAUGUUGAUUUAUCAUUACUAUUUAUAAAUAAAUUUCAAUUACGAUUUUUAAAUUAUAAUUAGUUACAUAUAUCACACUUGCGCAUGCGUUGAAAAUAAUGUCUUAUAAACUCCGCGCCAAAACUAAAAUCUUUGUUUGGAUUUAUACAUGUUACUAGAUGUAUGAUUUGGAGUAAAUUAUUGGCGAAUUUUUUAAAUAGAUACAUAAUUUCUUAUUAAUUAUAAAAAUAUUAUAACUCUAUUAUUUGUACAUGGAGGGUUUGAAAUGUCCCAACACGGUGCUGCUUUACAAGCAUAUAAUCAAGAACUUGUAAAGUGUUUAGAAGAAAUGAAAUUGAGACGUACAGAAUUACAAGCAGAAAUUGAAUCUCAAGAAGAAGAAAAAAAUUAUUUACAAAGAGAAAUAGAAAAAUUAUCUUAUAAAUUAACACGUUUAAAUGAUAGUUUAACUAAAAGAAUAGCUGUCAGAAAUGAAUAUGAUAGAACUAUUGCAGAUACAGAAACAGCAUAUAUAAAGAUUUUGGAAAGUUCACAACUUCUAUUAAAUAUGAUCAAGAGAGAAGCUACAAAUUUAGAUCAAACAUUACUUAAAACUAAUAUGGAUAAACAACAAAGUCAGUAAUAAAUGCAAAAUAAAAAUUAAAAUGGGAAAUAUUGAAUUUAUAAAUUAAAAAAAAAAUUUUUAAUCAUAUAUUUAAGGUCACAUGUAUCUUAUUAAGUUUGUAGCUGUAAACAGAGAAAAAGUUAUUAUAACAAUUUUAUAAUAAUAAAUAUAAAAUUGUAAAUAUUUUAAACAUUUACAAUAUAGUUUCUAAAA